AUGACAACGGGACCCCCUGCUUCUAAGAUGCCGUCUCCAGCGUUGUUCUUUUUCCUUGGAGGGCUAGUCACGCUCAUAAUAUUGCUAGUUCUUCUAUUUGUCUUUCGGAAAAAGAUCAAACCAGAAGAUAUUAAGAAAUUGGUAGCAGUAGUGAGAAGGCAACCUGCAGCAUCGACAGAUGUUUUCAGUGGGAACCUUCGAACAAUAACCUACUUCGACUUUAAGACAUUGAAGAAGGCAACCAAGAACUUUCAUCCUGGUAAUCUCCUUGGAGUAGGUGGAUUUGGCCCUGUCUAUCAGGGGAGAUUAGGAGAUGGGAAGUUAAUUGCUGCUAAGAAAUUGUGCCUUAACAAAUCCCAACAAGGAGAAUCAGAGUUUCUUACAGAGGUAAAGUUGAUCACAAGCGUCCAACACAAGAACUUGGUUCGUCUUAUUGGAUGCUGCUCUGAUGGGCCUCAACGGCUGCUUGUGUAUGAAUACAUGAAAAACAGGAGCUUGGACCUCAUUAUUUAUGGAAAGAGUGAUCAGUUCUUGAAUUGGAGCACCAGAUUCCAGAUAAUUGUUGGUAUUGCUCGAGGGUUACAAUAUCUACACGAGGAUUCGCCAUUAAGAAUUAUCCACAGAGAUAUCAAGGCAAGUAACAUUCUUCUCGACGACAAAUUCCAACCGAGGAUUGGAGAUUUCGGGUUGGCUAGGUUCUUCCCUGAAGACCAAGCUUAUCUUAGUACCGCAUUUGCUGGAACUUUAGGUUACACGGCACCAGAAUAUGCUAUUAGAGGAGAAUUGUCUGAAAAGGCGGACAUCUAUAGUUUUGGGGUUCUUGUGCUCGAAAUAACCAGCGGUAGAAGAAACACAGAUCUCACUUUAUCAUCAGAAAUGCAAUACCUCCCUGAAUAUGCAUGGAAAUUAUUUGAGACGGCGAAUGUGAUUGAUCUAAUAGAUCCAAAAAUGAAAGAAGACGGAUAUGUGGAAAGGGAUGUUUUGCAAGCAAUCCAAGUAGCCUUCUUGUGCCUUCAGCCUCACGCAAACUUGAGACCCCCAAUGUCGGAGGUUGUAGCAAUGUUAACGUGCAAAGUGGAAAUGACUGGAACACCUAUGAAACCCGCCUUCUUGGACAGAAUGCAAACGAAAGAUCAGAACAUUUCGUGGGAUACUAUAACUGAGGCUUUUCCAUCUCCCGUGCAGAGUGAGCCUCCCUCGGUAGCUAAACCAUCAACUUGACAUUUCAGGUUUCCUGUAUUCCCGGGGAAAAUUAAAAACGGUAUAUGAGGUCUUCAUGCACACGGUAACAUUUGAAAUGCAGCUACAAAUGAUUUGGUUUGUUUUGUUUCCCCUCCUAAGU